AAAAAAAAAGUGAAAAAGGGGGAAAAGAAAAAAAAAAACCCUCCUCCCGUAUUUUACGGUAGGGGCGUGAAGAGGGCUGCGCUUAAAGCGACGGACUGAAGUUUACAAACAAAAAUAUUUGUGUUUUUUUUUGUAUGUUUUAAGGCGGUGUGGACUCACGUUUUUUGUUUUGAGUCGACAAAAUGGGAAAUUGCCACACGGUCGGACCGAACGAGGCCCUCGUUGUUUCAGGUGGCUGCUGUGGCUCGGAUCAGAAGACGUAUGUCGUGGGGGGCUGGGCUUGGGCCUGGUGGCUCAUCUCUGACAUCCAGAGAAUGUCUCUGGAGAUUAUGACCAUCCUCUGUCGCUGUGAGAAUAUCGAAACCUCGGAGGGUGUUCCCUUGGCUGUGACAGGGGUGGCUCAGGUGAAGGUGAUGACGGAAAACGAACUGCUGGGCUUCGCCUGUGAACAGUUCCUGGGGAAGUCUGUGAUGGAGAUCAAGAGCGUCAUCCUGCAGACCCUGGAGGGUCACCUGCGUGCCAUCCUUGGUACCCUCACAGUUGAACAGAUUUACCAGGACAGAGACAAGUUUGCGUCUCUGGUGAGGGAGGUGGCUGCUCCUGAUGUUGGCCGAAUGGGCAUCGAGAUCCUCAGCUUCACCAUCAAGGAUGUUUACGAUAAAGUGGAGUACCUGAGCUCCCUGGGGAAAACGCAGACAGCCGCAGUGCAGAGGGACGCAGACAUCGGCGUGGCAGAGGCAGAGAGAGAUGCAGGCAUCAGGGAAGCUGAGUGUAAGAAAGAAAUGAUGGACGUCAAAUUCGUCGCAGACACAAAGAUGGCCGACUCCAAACGAGAGCUGGAGAUGCAGAAAGCCUCCUUCAACCAGGAAGUGAACACAAAGAAAGCAGAGGCUCAGCUGGCGUAUGAGCUGCAGGCGGCCAAGGAGCAGCAGAAGAUCCGUCUGGAGGAGAUCGAGAUCGAGGUGGUGCAGAGGAAGAAGCAGAUCACUAUCGAGGAGAAGGAGAUCGAUCGAACUGAAAAGGAGCUCAUUGCAACCGUGAGGAGACCUGCAGAGGCUGAAGCCUACAAGAUGCAGCAGCUGGCCGAGGGACAGAAGAUCAAGAAGGUGCUGACGGCGCAGGCAGAAGCUGAGAAGAUCCGUUGCAUUGGUGAGGCUGAAGCAGCUUCUAUUGAAGCUGUGGGCAAAGCAGAGGCUGAGAAGAUGAGGCUGAAGGCUGAAGCCUACCAGCAGUACGGAGAAGCUGCCAAGACGGCGCUGGUGCUGGACGCUCUGCCUAAGAUUACCAGUAAGGUGGCUGCUCCUCUGGCCAAGACCAGCGAGAUCGUCAUCCUGAGUGGCGAAGGCAGCCGCGUCACCGGAGAGGUGACUCGACUUCUAGCUGAACUCCCCGUCUCCGUCAACGCCCUCACUGGGGUAGAUCUGACCAAGAUCCCUCUGCUCCAGAAGAUGACCGGCCCACAAUGCCAAGCGGCUGUGUGAUGUAUGAGACAGUGAGGCCUGAAGCAUGAAGACGCUUCUCAGUCAGAUAAUCCCUCGUUGCAACUGCCUUCAACCAGAAAUACUUGACACCAACCAAGUUUUUUUUUGUUUUGUUUUUUUCAAACAAUUUUUAAGUGAAUUUUAGUUUUGUAUAGGAAAAAGAAAUAUUGGCAUCAAGCUGUAUCUAAGCUUGGUUUUAGUUCGUCCUCAUUCUCCUUAGCUAAGAUGCUGCUGCUUAUUCACUUCUACAUGGUAUCCAAAACAGAGCAGAGUGUUUAAAGAUCCAGAGAUGUAUUCCAGUCCAGAUCAGAGCCAGAUUCCCGCUGGAGUGAAAGACUAUCCAAGUCGGGCGCCGUGACGCUGCUUCACCUCUGGAAGCUGUGCGGCGAUGCGGCUGCUGCCUCUUCCUGUCUGUCGUUGAUGAUGAGUAUCCUAGCUCCGACUUGAUCUCUUCCACCUCCUCUGAGUGUAAGACGUGGAUUUUUGAAUCGGCCGUCUGACCAUCCUCACUGCGGUUUAUCAUGUUGCCCGUCUGUUUCCCAUGUCUGGUGCCUGAUCAAACCUCCGCGCACUAAUUUGGAUUUAUGCCGGUCAAACAUGGAUGGAGUUUAUUUUCUUUCAAACGUGGUUACAGUAAAUCUGGUAGGGUUUUUUUUUCUUUUCUCUCACUUUUAUCACACGUUUGAACACACUUGCACCUGCGAAGCGAGAAGAAAGCCAUACAUAGCCUUAAAGGAGACCCUGGAUCCCAGCUGGGGCUGCUGAAACCUUUUCUAUUACCUCAAGUAGCUAAACGUUAGGCUGCCAUUUCAUUUCUCCUCUGUUCGUCUUCCUUAUUUCCCCCCCUUUGAAGCGGCGUACGCAUCAUGAGUAAUCGCAUGGUGAAUCCCACGCUGAAAAAGCAGAAAUGAAAUGUCACGAGUUGGAAAACAAGCAUGUGAUCAGUUUGGCAACACUUCACAUGACAUCUGCGCUUUGUUGCUCUUUUGAUUGGUGGAUCUGAUGAAUGACUGAGUUUGAGCAGCUGGACCCAAAAAUACAAAUUGCCUCCGAUCCACUUCUUGUCAUCAUGUCAGACCCUAGCGAUUGUGAUGUAAAUGUUCUGGUUUUAAUACCGUAAAGAUUGUUAGUCAGGUUGAUGUUUUCUGAAGGGUUAGCUGAAACUGAAAGGGAGGCUAGCUUGUAGUUGUUACAUAAUGUCAGAAAUCUAAAACUUUGUAAUCAUCUGUGUUGUCCAGCAUACUGUGAAUGUUUGGCCUGCCUUUUAUUAUUGUCGUUUAUUUGUUUUUUGUUUGUUUUUUUGGUAAAUGGCCGAUGAACCACUUUGAGAGGAGCUUAACGACGACUUUCCGAGUUUGUGACCAUAAACAUUUUUCUUACAUUCUGCCUCUGACUUUUGUACUUUCUGUGAAGUUUUAAGACCCUUUGUUUUGUUUUUGUUUUCUAACACGCUCUGAGCGUUUUUACGCCUGAACAGAUCCAGGAAUCGCAUUCGCGCGCUAAAAUCUUGUCGCGUUCUCCUCUUUCGUUUGUCGGCCAGUGCAGUGGCUUUCAGCCGUUCCCAGGAAGUGAGUCAUUCCGACCCGGCGGGUGAGAAUGGAUCGUUUUCCUGUCAGCGAGAAUCAUUCAAAGACUCUGAUGUCAUUCGGCUGCACAUUAAAUAAUUGGCAGCUCUCUCCCCCUCUGUCAUUCUUCGGUCACAUUAUGUCUCACCGGUUUCUAACAGUCACACUUUUUAUGUUAAAGGUUGUAUAAAAAAAUAAAAAUAAAAAAUACAUAUCUAUGUUAUAAUCUUACCUAUAUUUGUUGUAAUUCUGUGCAGCAACGACGCACAUUUUCACUCAACAGAACCUCUUUGUGAUACUUGUUUAAUUUUAGGAAAUUAGAUUUCCUUAGUGCCUUUGUUGAAGUAACGAGCUCCGUGCAGACUAUCACCUCAGAGUAGUGACAGGAUUUUUGUUUAAAAAUGUGCUUUCGCCUAAUCUUGUAGAUAAAAAUGAACUUGAAUAUAUAGCUAAAUUGUUAUUAAAUAAGUCUAUAUACGUUUAAAAAAAAAAAAAAAAAAAGGUUUUAUUUUGAAACUUUUGACCCCAUCGGUUGUUUUGGCCAUCAUAUUUGUGCCAAAGAAUGCAAAAUCCAUUGACUAAUCAGAUGCAACUUAUUGUGACUUGGUGUAUGUAGCCUUUGAGAAAGAAAUGAAAAUACACCAAAAAAAAACAUUUUCAAACUAUGCCUUAACUCUCAUCUCCGUGUGAAACACGUCUAUUGUCAUCUAUUCUGUCUGUUGAUGCUUUCGUUCGGUUUUAUUUCGCGGCUUCUCGUGUGCUGUAAGGAGAAGCCGCGCAGCAUGGAGUAUUAAGCAUGUGUUCAUGUUAUUCUGUGUUGAGUCACUCUAAUAUAAAGUUAUAUCACCUUCA